GAUGCCAACUAUCCUCAACACACGUUGUCCACCACCAUUAAAGAAAUUUUUUUCUAGCGAAGUUCAUAGUUUUGUGUGCCUUACUCACUUUUCAAUUUGACAAUCUAACGGGACAAACAAGAGAUUUGAAGAUGCGAAAACCAUUAACUCCGAUCGCUGUGGAAGAACCAAACCAAUCCACCUUACCAACCGCACUUCGGUUCGGCGUACGUUCAAAGAGAACCACAACGACAUUAGAUGUGCCCAAUCGUGCCAAACGAGCGCGAGCACUUUCACUGCAUAAGCAGUGUUUAGACCAACCAACGUACAUCGACUGUAACGAGAAAGACGGGGCUGAUGCGCUCAUAAAUUGCACUGGGAAUGGUUCAAACAAAAAUCACCGUUCUUGUCUACCACCACAGCUUGGUAAAAUGAAGCAGAACCAAUCUGACCAGUGCAACGGUGGCCUAUCGUGCGUCAUCUGUGGAAAGGGAUUCUUGGAUGGCGCAAAGCAGCUGAAAUGUUACCUAUGCUUUACAUGCUACCACUCCAUAUGCUACGAGCCCUUUAAUUCGGUGGGAGAUAUCCGAGUCCAUAACGAAAAACGUUUUUGCUGUGUCUCUUGCCAGAACAGAGAGAAAGCAUCACCAACAAAAAAUUCGACAACAGUUCCGAGCCGGGUCGGUAAAUCGCUGCCAACCGUUGCUGAAGCCGUCGACUUGGAAACCAGUGAAGUCGAUGAAUUUUUGGGUUUUAACAAGUCGGAUGUGCCACCGUUACCAAGACGUCGCUCCAAGUCAGUGGAUUGUUCAGUAUCAAUCCAAAAUGAGCCCAAUUCAGCUAAUACAGAUCGCAACAACAUUCCCAGAACGGCCAACGAAAAUAUUAUCGAUACGAAUGACAUUCCAGACGCGUCCGCAUGGACUUUGAACCAGGUGUACAAGUACUUUAUGAAGAUAUUUCCGCGUCACGCUCAUGUCUUCGAAGACGAAGAAAUAGACGGACAGGAUCUUUACCAGCUGAAACGCGAAGAUGUUGUUGGGCGAUUCAAACUGAGAAUCGGACCAUCACUCAAAAUUUACGCACAUAUACUGAAGAUGCAAAAGAAGCGAGAAAAUCGUUUGUAGUUCGGACCGAAUCAACUCUGUAGACCCGCGUUCUGUUACAAUAAAAGUCUUUUGAUUAUUUUUUAAAA